GUUAAAUCCGACUCCGACUCCGACAUCUGACUCUGACUUCGACUUCAAUAUCUGACCUCCGACCCUGAUUCCGAUCCGACCCGACUUCGAAAUUUUUUUUUUUCAUUAUUCAAUAUACUUUGAGAUGUUGGGCUAUUUGGGGCUUUACAACCAUACCCAAUGCCACCAUGACCCACACAAAAAUCAACUAUCUAUUGGAGUCGGAGUCAGAUAAUCCGUUAAAGUCGAACAUUUGUCGGAGUCGGAUUUUUUUUUGGAUUUUUUGUAGGAUCCGACUCCGACUCGGAGUUAAAUUAUUUUAAAUUACAACGGAGUCGUUGUUACCAUAAUUCUAACUACUAGGUAAUAAAUAUUUUCUUUUAAAAAUACUUUCCCUCCUUUUUUUUUGGUUUUUUCUGGUUUCAAUUUUUUUUAUAUAGUUUUUUCUGCACUUCAUCUUCCUCACAUACACCCUUGAAAGUCUCAUAACUUAGAAUGUUUGGCGAAAAUGUGGUGCAAUGGACAUCAAAAAUCCAAUCUUACUCGCAAAAAGGUUUGUUUAACAGAGCACUUUCUUUGUUCCUUAGUAUGCGAAGAGCUGGGGUUAAACCAAACGAAGUUACCUUCUCAACCACCUUAACUGUUUGCGCUCAAUCAAUCCACAAAUCAUUCGGUUUAAGCUUGCAUAGUUUAAUUCUCAAGAAAGGGUAUCAGAAUCAGCUUUUUGUUUGUGGUGGGUUGAUCUCUAUGUACGGUAGUUUUCGUCGGAUAGUCGAUGCCCGCCAAGUGUUUGAUGAAAUGCCUGACCGAGAUGAAGUUGUGUGUAAUUUGAUGAUUUCUAAGUAUUCGCAAAAUGGGUUUUGUUAUGAAGCUUGUGGGUUGUUUUGUGGGAUGGUUAACGGGGGUGUUUAUUGGAGGGGUUUUGUGAGUGAUUUUAGUCUUGCCAGUGUUCUUAAUGCUUGUGCUCAUUUAGGUUGCUGUGAGUUUGGUGAGUCUGUUCAUUGUUUUGUGAUUAAGCUUGGUUUUGAUUCGAAUGUUUUUGUUGGUAGUUCUCUUGUUGGUAUGUAUUCAAGUUAUGAAGAGUUGGGUAGUGCGCGUGCUGUAUUUGAUCGAUUGGGAACUAUGGAUGUUGUAGUGUGGAAUACUAUGAUUACUGGGUAUGCUCAUAAUGGUUAUGAAGAAGAAGCGAUUGAAUUAUUUCUUGAGAUGGAAAUUCGGGGGCUUACUCCGAAUUAUACUACAUUUUCGGCUGUUGUAGAUGCUGCAUCUGUGAUGCCUGAUGAGACACUUGGUAGAAAACUUCAUGCUAAAUCAUUGAAAUUUGGUAUAUUAUCUGAUGUUUACUUGGGUACUGCAAUUGUUGAUAUGUACUCCAAGUUUCUGAUCAUGACUGAUGCUAAAAAAGCUUUCUCUGAGAUGGAGAAAAAGAAUGUAAUAUCAUAUAAUGCGCUUAUUACUGGCUAUGGUUUGAUUGGUGAUCAUGAAAAUGCUGUUAAAAGUUAUACACUGCUGAGACUUCGGGGGAUGAAACCUGAUGCGUGCACCUUUAUUGGUCUUCUUACAUCUUGUUCUACAUCUUGUGCCUUUGUUGUGGGGGAACGAGUGCACUCAGAUUCAAUAAAGCUUGGCUUGGACCGAGAUGUAUUAGUUAGGAAUUCAAUUGUAAACUUUUAUUCGAAGUGUGGGCUAAUUAAUUCUGCAAUAAAAGCAUUUGAGUCUGCACAGGGGAGUGAAAUUGUUUCUUGGACAGCCAUUAUCUCAGGACUUGUCCAAAACAAUGAACACACCAAAGCUCUUGAGGUGUUCUGUGAAAUGCACAGGCUGUCGGAAAAGGCAGACGAAUUUUCUUCCUCUAGUGCCAUCAAGGCAGUAGCUAAUCUGGCAGCUGUUGCACAAGGAAGGCACCUCCAUGGGUAUGUGCAGAAAGUGGGCCUGACCCACCAUAUAUUUGUUGGAAGUGCACUAAUUGACAUGUACUCCAAAUGUGGAAUGGUAGAGGAUGCUCAUAAAUUGUUCUCCGAGAUGCCUGAGAAAAAUGCCGUCUCUUGGAACUCAAUGAUAGCAGGUUUUGCUCAAAAUGGUUACUCUGAUAAAGCAUUACACCUGUUCCAUGAAAUGGUGAGUUGUGGGGUCUUGCCUACUUCAGGAACCUUUGUUGGAGUUCUUCUUGCUUGUUUUCAUGCAGGAUUAGUUCAAGAAGGCAGACGCUAUCUCCAACUAAUGGAAAGCCACUAUGGUGUUUCACCUUCUGUAGAACACUACUCCUGUAUGGUGAAUCUCCUAGGUCAUGCUGGUUAUGUUAAGGAGGCGGAAGAGUUUCUUCUUAGUUCACCCUUCAAAGGGGACUAUGAAAUGUGGAAGUCUCUCCUCACUUCUUGUGAAGCGCACAGAGAUUUUGAUGUUGCUGCUCGAGUUGCAGAGUAUUGUUUGCACUUGAAUCCCAAUGACUCCUCAACUAAUACCAUUCUCUCCAACAUAUAUGCCAGUAAGCAGUUGUGGUCAGAAGUUGAAAGAACACGAGAUUCGAUGAAGGUGGCAGAUAUUGUGAAGGAACCUGGGUGUAGUUGGAUUUAAGUGACUGGUGCUGUGGGUUAUUGUGAUUGGGGACCUAUAUUUUUUCUCCUUCGUCUCCUGGAGUCCCACUGAGCUUUCCAAGACGUUUAAGGAUUGAGGCUAUCAACUUCCUUUGCUUCUGCAGCCCUGCAGGGAUUGUGGUUUAAAUGAUUUACUUCAUUUUCAGGGUGCAGCAGACUACUGUGAGUCUAAUGACCCAUUCGCUACAUCUGGAUAUACAUUUGCUUUUAACCUGAGAUAACAAACAAAACUAAACAAUACUAUAAUUUUGAAUGAACCCCAAUUUCAUAGCUGGCUCUUCCUUUCAGAGUUUCAGACAAUUAGCUUUUUGAUCAUAUAUACAGAAAAAUAAGACUUACAUUUGCUCCAUCACUCUAAAUCCGAAUAGGACAUAUUUGUUGCAGAAAGUUGAAAAAUAGAACAUGUCUGCUAGUAUGUAAUUCAUGAGGCAUCUAUGGGAGGAAGACUAUGAAAUUCAACAACACUCGGAGAACAUAGACAGGAUACUCACUGCAAAACUGGUGCGUUCCUUCAGGUAUUGUAGUGUUGCUACUGUUUGUGUCUUUGUGCAAGGUGCAUGAGAAGACUUCCACAAAUUCACAUGACCAUCUGUUAAUCGUCUGGAUUUGUACUAAUGUUUGUGGGAGAUGUGCUUCAUACUAAAACAAGAAUCAGUCAAUAUUAGACUUGACUUGCUUAUUAAGGGCUUCUAUCUGGACAUCUGAAUCCAUUUGAUCAUUUCUGGACUAUGGAGCAUGAUGCCAGACUGCCAGGCUACCAGCACUCAGUUAUAAUGAUUGGUAAUUUUCUACAGUCUUCUCCCGCUCAUUUGGGAUCAGCUUUUCCUGACCUUUCUCUCAGCUCACAUAACAUCCUUUGAGUUAUAAUUUACUAAAUAUCAGCACAACUAUCAAUUCUCCACCUGAUGUUUCUACAACUAUGGAUGGUCUAAGCUACAUACUGGCAGAUAGGUUUGCUUGAAUUUUGCUAGAUUGUACAGAUAGUGAUUCGAUUGGGGAAAAAAAAUGAAUUUUGGAGUAAAUAACAAUCGUUAGAUGCUAAAUUAUCUGUUUUCUUUUUAAAUUGUAAAGAUGAGAUGCUUAGGAUAGUAUUAUUGGGCAACUUACCAAGUAAAAUGGGUUAAUAUGAGUUUCUUGUCUACAUUUUCAAUUGAUUUCUUAAUGUUAAAUGCCAAUUUGUUUCGUAAAUAGAUUAUGGUCUGAAUCAUAAUGCAUUGCAAUGUAAUAUGCCCAAGGAGACUUCAAUUUGCAAGACAUAAUUUUUUUUUCCUGAACCCAUUCUAUAAUUUCUGGAUAAAUGUAAACAUUCCUAUACAUGUAUAUUUUAGUAUACUAUAUUCCAUUGCUGAGAAGAGUCUUUUACAAGCAACUGAAGAAUGUAUAUACUAUAACCUAACCUUCAUGUCUAUUGAAGUCUCAGCUACAGAUAGUUGUGUCCUCAAUUUAGCCUUUUCAUUGAAACUAUUCUGUAAUACAUGUUUACAUGUAGCUCGUGAAGGCUACGAGGAUGGGCCUAGCACCGUACUGUCAUCUCUGCAGUUUAUUGGUUAUGCAAGUUCAUCUGUAGCUGGCUGUUUGGCAUUUGGCUAAUGCAAGAGUGAUAACCAACAGUCAAAUUCCUUUGUUCUCCCAGCAAUGAGGUAAAUUGAGAAGUUACAUACUCCUAUUUAUGGCAGCAGCAAUAUGAUGGAGAGGAGAGAGAAGGGAUAGGCGUAAGUUUCAGUCCAGAAAACUUCAUCAUAGGUGUUGUUAUUGGUUUCAUUUUCGGGUUUCUUCUUGAUUUAGCUAAACCCUCCAAAAACCCACCUAAAUCUUAACACCAAACCAAGAAUUGUUUAACUUCAGCAGUUCAGCCAACCCAGAUGAAGAAUUUAAGAUGUUACUUUCCAGAAUACUUUUAAUUUCUGGCUAAAAUGAAAUUGUAAAUUGUGAUUGUUAUGCUACAUCCUAUUGUGAAAUUGUAGAGGUAUUUCAGUAUUCGGGCUAUGUUCGGGUUUGGUUAUCAUGUCAUGUCGAUUUUUGCCAGCUCUUCUAAUGAACGUUGUUGGAUUAAAUGUUGGUUUGUGUUAUCAUAUAGUAUGCCUUUUUGGAUCCUUUAUUUUGUUAACAAGUUAUGAAGUUUUUCUAUUUUGCCAUUUUGGGGGUUAUAAAAAUUGUGACUGAAGAGAAUUUGGCCAAGUUUUGCAGAAAGGUUAGUGCUUGAUGUGUACAGUGUACUGUGUACUUGAGUAGGGGUUUAAAGGUUGUGUGUUAAAAUUCAUGAAUUAUUCAACGGAUUUUCCUGAAUAGUUUAACAUGGGAGGCGAAUUUGGGAAGUGUGUCAUGGACUUUAUUUUCCAUAGUUAAAUAACUAAUACGAGUACUUUGUAUAGAAUAUAGUGUGAUAUUUUUUGCUUGCAUUUUAAUUUCAGUGUCAGUAUCCAUUGUAGACAUCAUUUGAUAUGUGAUUCUUCAUGGUAUUGUUUGGACUUAUUUUCUGCUUUGGUGGAUUUGAUGAAGAUUCUUGUAGAAGAGUAAUCACUAGGCUUAAUUAUACAUCUUCCAUAUCCUGGCAUUUUACAUUUAAUAUGUUUUAG